UUCCUGUUUUUGCUCCGAAGCAACAACGUGGAUCCAGUGCAGCACACCGGUGUGCGAUAUCUGUGUUAUGUGUGACCAGAGUCUGUUCACUCCCCACAAUGCAGAUAUCCAGUGUGAAUGACGUGAAGAUUUACAAUUUAAGCCAUGGGAAAUCCCUUCCAGAGUGGCUGUCAGAUCGGAAGAAGAGACAGUUACAAAAGAAAGAUGUCGACAUCCAGCGCAGGAUUGAGCUCAUCCAGGACUUUGAGAUGCCCAUGGUGUGCACCUCUAUCAAAGUGUCCAGGGACGGUCAGUUCAUCCUGGCAACAGGCACUUACAAACCCAGGAUUCGCUGCUACGACACCUACCAGUUGUCCCUGAAGUUUGAGCGCUGUCUGGAUUCAGACGUUGUGGCUUUUGACAUCCUGUCUGAUGACUACUCUAAGUUGGUGUUUCUGCACUCUGACCGCUACGUGGAGUUCCACUCCCAGCACGGACACUACUACAAGACGCGUAUUCCCAAGUUCGGACGGGACUUCUCUUACCACUACCCCUCCUGUGACCUCUAUUUUGUGGGCACCAGUUCCGAGGUGUUCAGACUGAAUCUGGAACAAGGGCGCUUCCUCAACUCACUGCAGACGGAUGCUGUGGAAAACAAUGUGUGUGACAUCAACCCCGUCCAUCACUUGUUUGCCACAGGAACCUCUGAGGUAAGUGCCAUGGCAGGCUGUGUUCCAGAUUGUGAUUUCUGUGUGUUUUGCUUAUUUGUGUCAGGUUUGUCUCACCUGGUGGGAUCAUCUCUCCUGAGAGCCUACAUGCACGGCUAUUUCAUGGACAUCCGGCUUUAUCACAAGGUCAAAAGCAUGGCCAAUCCUUUCGCAUACGAGGAGUAUCGCAAGGAUAAGAUCCGCCAGAAGAUCGAGGAAUCCAGGACCCAGAGAGUGCAGGUUAAGAAGCUGCCCAAGGUAAACAAGGAGCUGGCCCUCAAGCUGAUGGAGGAGGGUGACGACGAGGCAGAGCUGGCUUCUCGGAAAAAGAAGGGCAAGGCUCUCCCCAGCGUCCUGGGAGACGACCGCUUCAAGGUGAUGUUCGAAAACCCGGACUACCAGGUGGACGAUCAGAGCGAGGAGUUCCGCCUCCUCAACCCCAUCGUCUCCAAGGUGGGACAGAAGAGGCAGAAGAAGCUGCGUCUGCUGGCCCAGCAGGCUGCCGCUUCCGAACAGGCGGAUGAGGACGAUAAGGAGCCUGAGGGGCGAGCCAGCUCCGAGGAGGAGAGCUCAGACGAUGACAAGAGCUGGGUGGAGGAGGUGAGGGAGCAGCGGAGGCUGAUCUGGGAGGAGGGCCGGGACCGCCGGAGGCAGGGGAGGAAAGAAGCGGACCGCAACACCGUCCUGCUUGAAAGGGACCAGAGCGGAGGAGAGGAAACCUCAAACAUGGCCGAGGGCAAGAAGACAAGUCGGCCUCAGUAUUAUCAGAUCAAAGCUGGGGAGGAGUUCAGAAGUUUUAACGACGUGGCCCGCAAGCAGAGACUACAAAAGGCUUCUUUGGAGGACCGUCUGAAGUUGGAGGAGCACUCAGGAACCAGCAACAUGACCGACACCGCAGUCGGCAGCAAGCAGCUGACCUUCACUCUCAAAAAGUCGGAGCAGCAGAGGAAGCAGCAGCAGGCGGAAUGGGAACACCACGAGGAGAGGAGGAAGCUGAGGCGCUCGGCCGGACACCUGAGCAGCGACCGCGGGAGAGGACGCGGCGGUGGCGGCAGGAGAGGACGCGGCGGCGGCAGCGGGAGAGGACGCGGCGGGGGAAGAGGAGGAGGGAGAGGCCACUACUGA